AUGACUGCUGUUUUCGCCACUAUCACUGGUGUUAGCACUCACUUCGCAACUACUGGCGAUCACGCAGCAGCUGUAGCUGUAGUGGCCAUGAUUUUCGUAUACAACGUAUCUUACAACAUUAUGCAGCCACUCCUAUAUGUCUUUAUUACUGAGGUUUUCCCCUUCGUCCAUCGGGCAAAAGGCAUUGCCAUCCUCCAGUUCUUCGUGCGCGGCAGCACAGCCUUCAACGCAUUCGUUAACCCUAUUGGUCUCGACGCUCUUGCUUGGAAGUUCUACCUUUUCUACUGUACUACCAUCAUCUACUACUUAUACCCAGAGACCAAGGGCCCUACUUUGGAGGAGCUGGCCUAUUCGUUCGAAGAGAGGCCCCAAAAACAUGAAGACGAAGACGAGAAGGAGGUGAUCAAGCCAGUGCUUAAGGAGGUGGCCUAG